GAGGGCAAACUUGUAAAGCUACGUCUGAAAUCUCAACGAACCGACUUCACAUGAGUUGUUACUCGCCGGCGGUGGGUGGAAGGGUGUGUUUUUAUAUAGCUUGGCGCUUGCAAGCGGAAAUCGACGUCGUCUAUGGCUAAAACUUUGAGUAAUCAAUCCAUGGAGAAAAUAUCAGAUAGGCUUUCAGGGCUUGAUAACCUCUAUUUCCCACGCGCUCAGCAAUCGUCCGCCUCCACUGCCUUCCAACGCAAAUCCCUCCUUAUCGACCUUCUCUCUCGCGACACUCCCCUUUUUCUAGAACGUUAUGGAUCGCAGUUAACAUCAGAUGAGCUAAAUGAAUUUGGAACUAUGGAAAAUGAUUAUGAAAUCAAUUGGCAUCUGAAUCGCUUGCGAAGUGUUAUUAGCCCAACGCAAGAAGAUCUGAAGUCCAAAUCAGUUAAGAUUAAGAACAGACGGCGAGCAUAUCUGGACAAAUUGGUAAGUGAUGGACAGUACUUUUCAGAGGAUGCAAUGAGGGAAAGAGAGCCAUAUUUGCACCAUGAGUAUAUAGGGAGGUUUCAGGAUCCAAGUGGGAGGAGCAUGGCAAGACCGGGGGAGCGAUGGUCUGAGACACUGAUGAGGCGGUCAGAAGAGGCAAUGCUUGUUAAGAAAAUUAGGGAUGAGCAACAGAGACGAGGCGUGGCUCAAAGUGAUUGGAUAGGGUUUGAUAAUCAGGAACUUGAGAAGAUGGAGGAGGAAGAGGAAGAAGAAGAAGAAGAAGAAGAAACCGAGGAGGAAGAAGAAGAAGAAGAAGAAGAAGAAGAAGAGGAGGAGGAGCAGGAGCAGGGGCAAGACAAAGGUGAAAGGGACAUCUCAUCUAAUAGACAAGAGGUUCACCCAAUCAAUCUUGAUGCUUCUAAUGACGUGCCAUCAGAAAUGAGAAGAGCUGCUGUGAUGGAAACUUUAUCAACAGAGGAGAUGCAAGAACGACUGGACCAGUUUUCUUACAUCAUGCAGGAAAAGUUUUUAUUAGGAGAAGAUAGUCUGGAUUACUCAAAAAUUGAUGAGGAUGAGACCUUGGAUGAUCACUGGAUGAAAGAAGCAAAUUAUGAUGCUGAAGAAAAGUACUUUGAUGAUGACUGAGCUUUAAUUACCGAGUGGUUUUUAGCUUUUGAUACUACACAAGUAGUCAGUCAAGUACUCAUCUUGUUUGAGUUUCUAUCAUGUAUAUGCUGUUAGCGUGUAUGCAAAUAUGUUUAGGUUUUAUGUGGCUGAAGGGAGUUUCUAUAAGGUCAUCGAUGGCUGGGUUUGGUUUUUGAAGUUGCUUCCUCUCCAUCUUCUUGUGUUAAGCUUACAAUUCCUUAAUAUCUGGGAUUAGCUAGUAAAUUCACAUUACAAUUCAA